AUUCAGUCCUCCAUCUGCAGUAUAGGAGCUACAGGGACACUGGCCGUGUCCGGAGAUGAGAAGUCACCAGUUCAGAGCAAAGGGAGUGCUGGGCCUCCCUUGACAUAGAGCGGCAAUCUUUGGAGGGAAGCGUGCUGUGGUGAGGAGGAAGUAUAGGAGACGCCCUGCCCAGGCAGAAGCCUGUUGUCAUCCAACCCAACUCCCCCAAAGCAAAGAGGCUGGAGCCUCAGAGAGCCCAGUUUCAUCACUGAGUCACCUGAGUGAACUGCAGCCAUCUGAGUGAACACAGUAGUGGCCUAGUGGGUAGUGCUGAGCCCCAGAAGGGGAUACGCAUUCCUUACAGAACUGGUCAAACUUAAUACUUGGUUGGAAACUCCGUUCCUACAAAACCCUCUUCGAUGCAGCAGAAACAAUGAUCAGCCUCCAGCUAGGAAUCUUUAACUACGAGGAGGUCCUGGACUACAGCCCAGUGCUUGGCUCCUUCCUGAUUGGGUCCUGCAUCAUUUUCAUGACAUUUGUGGUGCUGAAUCUAUUCAUCUCUGUCAUCCUGGUGGCCUUCAAUGAGGAGCAAAAAUAUGAUCAGCUGUCGGAGGAAGGUGAGAUUGCCGAUUUGUUGCUGGCGAAAAUACUCGGUUUCCUGGGCAUUAAAUGUAAAAGAGAGGACCCUGGAAGUGGCAGGAAACAGCCUGAGUUGCUGUCAGAGGUCCGGCCUCCCUGUACCUGUGUCAGCUGCACCCAAGCUCUAAGCUCUUCAUCCACACACGAACAUCUAUAGAGGGGGAAGGCCAGAGCCUUGGGCCUAUGCUUCCCAGUGAUUCUACAGUCUCUCCAGGCCAAUGUUUUUCUGUAUCCACAGAAAAGUCACCAAGCCUGGCAAGUAAAAAAAAUAAGAAAAAUAUACGCUUAAGUACAUUCAAUUGCCACUAUUGUCAUAGACUGUUCAAAUGUAUUUCCUCCUAGAAAUAAAACAAAUACUGUCUGGAGU